AGAGGAAGACAAAAAGAAGAAAAAGAAGAAGAGGAAGAGGAUGAAGAAGAGGAUGAAAAAGAGGAUGAAGAAGAGGAAGAAGAAGAUGAGGAUGAAGAAGAGGAUGAGGAGGAAGAAGAAGAAGAGGAUGAGGAUGAAGAAGAAGAAGAGGAUGAGGACGAUGAAGAAGAAGAUGGCCUAAGCUUCGAGCACGAUGACUUUGACUACUAUUUCUGUUUUGAUGUGCAGAACGUCAUGUGUUUCCCAAAACCAGAUGAAUUCAAUCCAUGCGAAGACAUCAUGGGCUAUGACUUUCUCCGUAUUCUGAUGUGGUGUAUCAGCAUUCUGGCCAUAAGUGGGAAUGCAGUGGUGCUUAUAAUAUUGAUAACUAGCAAGUCCAAAUUCAGUGUUCCCAAGUUUCUAAUGUGCAAUCUGGCCUUUGCAGACUUCUGCAUGGGCAUCUACCUCCUGCUGAUUGCCUCUGUGGACAUCAAAACAAAAAGCCAAUAUUAUAAUUAUGCUAUUGAGUGGCAAACGGGAGCGGGCUGCCAUGCAGCAGGAUUUUUUACUGUGUUUGCCAGCGAACUUUCGGUCUACACACUGACAGCCAUUACCCUUGAGCGGUGGCAUACCAUAACCUACGCGAUGCAACUCCAACGUAAAGUUAGGUUAAGACAUGCUUUCAUCAUCAUGAUUUCCGGUUGGAUCUUCGCAAUCGUGGUGGCCCUAUUACCAAUUGUUGGCAUAAGCAACUACAUGAAAGUUAGCAUUUGUUUGCCUAUGGACAUUGAAUCUUUGCCUUCACAGGCUUAUAUCAUUUUUAUCCUAGUGCUUAAUGUUUUGGCAUUUGUUGCUAUCUGUGUUUGCUAUGCACAUAUAUAUAUCACUGUACGCAAUCCUGACAUUGUCUCCUCCCACAGCGACACGAAAACGGCCUUAAGAAUGGCGGUUCUGAUAUUCACCAAUUUUCUGUGCACUGCACCCAUUUCAUUCUUUGCCAUAUCUGCAUCCCUGAAGGUUCCCUUAAUAACAGUGUCCAAUUCCAAGAUCCUGUUAGUUCUGUUUUAUCCAAUUAAUUCGUGUGCCAAUCCAUUUUUAUAUGCCUUUUUCACUAAGGCUUUUCGAAAGGACUUUUUCAUUCUAAUGAGCAAACUUGGCUGCUGCAAGUCACAGGCUCUCAGUAUGAGGACGGAAACCUCUUCGUCAAUUCUCAAUUCACGGAAUGGGCACUACAUUCCCGGCCAAAAAAAUGGCUCUGGCUCAGUGUACACAUUGGUCACACUAAAUCACCAAAACUGA